AUGUGCUCGAUGGAGAAGAAGGCGCGGGACCACGGGCGGCAGCUGGCGGAGAAGCUCGUGCGGAAGCCGUUCUUCGACCACGCGUGGUCGUCGCAGCCGCGGAUGGACGCCGAGGAGCUGGCGUGGGCGCUGCAGUUCAUCGACGACCACUUCUUCCUCAUCCGGAGCGAGAACGACGCGCUCCCGAGCGUCGACUGGGUGCUCGAGCGCGCGAAGAGCGCCGUGCUGCGCUACGGCAUCCGCGGCCUCGUGAUCGACCCCUACAACGAGCUCGACCACAGGCGCCCGCCGGGGCAGACGGAGACGGAGUACGUGAGCCAGAUGCUGACCAAGGUGAAGCGGUUCGCGCAGUACUACGACGUGCACGUGUGGUUCGUCGCGCACCCGCGGCAGCUCCGCGACUGGCACGGCGCGGCGCCGACGCUCUACGACAUCUCCGGGAGCGCGCACUUCAUCAACAAGGCCGACAACGGCGUCAUCGUGCACCGCAACCGCGACACGCAGGACCCCGUGAAGAAGCGCGAAGUGAGCAUCCUGAUCCGCAAGGUCCGCAACAAGAUGGCCGGGACCAUCGGCGAGAGCGUCCUCGUGUACGACCGCGCCACGGGCACCUACCGCGACCCCGCGCCCGAGCGCCUCGCCGAGCUGGGGCACCGCGCGGGCGACGACAAGGCGGCGUGGGACGUCCCGGACACGCCCGGCGGCUCGCUCGGACGGCUGCCGGGCGGCGGGAUGGCCUACCCGGGGCAGACCGCGGACGAGAUCCGCGGGGCGAGUUAA